AUGGCCUUCCCACGGCGCGGCUCGGGCUCCGGCUCCGACGGCAGCAGCGAGGCCCUCAAGAAGGGCCCCCAGGGGCCCCCGGGGGCCCCCGGGGCCCCGGGGGCCCCCGGAGGCUGGGGCCCCGCGGGGGCCCUGCAGCGGCUGUUCAGCGAAGCAGAUAAGUACCUGCAAGAUGCCCCUGUGGCGCAGCAAGCAGCAGCAGCAACAGGACUUAGGCCUUCUUUUCUUGUUGCUGUUGCUGCUGCAGUUCUUUUCAUAAGUUUGGGCACUGGUUUUGGGGGGGGCCUCGUCUGCGACAUUGCGGGAUUCCUUUACCCAGCGUGGAUGUCCUUUCUGGCAAUUGAAAGUCCAGGAACAGAAGGCGAAAAGUUGUGGCUGACUUACUGGGUCGUUUACAGCGCCUUUUCCAUUUUGGAAUAUUUCGUGGACUUCAUUCUGUUUUGGAUUCCUUUUUACUACUUGUUCAAGUUCUGCUUCCUCCUCUACCUCGCUCUCCCCCGCUUCAAGGGCGCGGAGACGAUAUACAACUUGGUGAUAAGGCCUUUGCUGCUGCAGCAGCAGCAGCCGCUGCAGCAGCUGGCAGAAGCUGGCAACAAAGCAGCAGCAGAGCUGCAGCAAAAAGUGCUCGAGGGAAUUAACAAAGUGCAGGGGGCUGUGUCUGUGGCGGGCGGUGUGCAUACACCGCAAGUGGCCCCCGAGCCCCCCAAGAGAGAAUAA